AUGAGCGUGCUCGUCGGCAAUUCAGACUUUCGGCCGCUGCCGACCAAUCCGACAGCCAAAAUCACAGGCGUCCACGAGUCUCUGCUGCAAGAAUGCGAGAAGGACAUUAUCUGGUAUCGCGAGCACUUUGUCGGCAAAGCUCACCACAACUACCUGGCCGUCGACUCUCCCAGGGGACCCUUGGCCAUCUCGCUGAUACACGACGCAUCCGCAUCCACAUUCAAGGUCCUGGUGCGCUCGACACAGGGCUCGGAACGCUUGACAGUGGCCGCACAGUCUGUCCCCAACCCAUGGUGGCGAAAGGCGAUGGGCCUGUUGCCGACCAACGAGUCGGUGAUGCAAACGGUCUCGAGCAACAUCCCUCUGCAGUGUCUCAAGCACUGCAAGGAAACGUCGAAAUCCAACCUGCCGAACGAGCUGCUGGCGAUGGAGGAGCGGCAAGUCAUUCGCAGCUACAAGUUUGGUCUGACCUAUCUCGGCUCGGGGCAGGCUACCGAGGAGGAGAUGUUUUCAAACAAACAUGAGCACACAUCACAAGGAUUCAAGCAGUUUCUGAACUUUCUCGGCGAGACGAUAGAAUUGAAAGGCUGGAAGGGAUAUCGGGCCGGACUGGACACGCAAAGCAACAACACUGGAACCCACUCGGUCUACACAAAGUGGCAGGGCUAUGAGGUGAUGUUCCAUGUGGCCACAAUGCUGCCGUAUGCCGAGAAGGAUCGACAGCAGCUGGAGCGGAAGCGCCAUGUCGGCAACGAUAUUGUCGUCAUUGUCUAUCAGGAUACCGAUACGCCGUACCAGCUCAGCACAAAUACCUCCCAUCAGAACCACAUCAUAGCCGUGGUCCAGCCAUGCGGCGAAGGAUACAAACUCUGCCUGGCCCCCAAGAACGGCGUGCCGCCAUUCUCUCCCGAAAUGCCCGAGCCCCCCAUUUUCUUCAAGGACGCUGUCUCGCGCGACUUUUUCUUUCACAAGCUCAUCAAUGGCGAGCGGGCCUGCUACAAGGCACCCAGUUUUGCCCCCAAGAUCUCUCGGACUCGGCAGGUGCUGCUGACUGAACUGGCGACCAAGUUCAUCAAGUAGAAGCCAGGCACCGCCCUUGUUUGACGACAAAAACCCACACUAUCGGCUGCGCCUUGACCGAGGACGAUGGGCCGAUGCGAACGAUGACUUGAGCAUGGUGAUGGUGAUGGUGAUGGUG